AUUUUGAAUGAGUGGGGGGCGCAUGCGCAGAGCGGUCAGUGUGAAUUAGCGCUAGCUAGCUGAGCUCACUUGUCUCUGACUGUUUAACAGUUUCUGUUGUUUCUGUUCUGCGGGAUCUGCGGGAUUUACGUGAUUCACGUGAUCAGCCUCAGAGAACAUGCCCAAAAAUAAAGGUAAAGGAGGAAAGAAUCGGCGACGUGGAAAGAACGAGAAUGAGUCUGAGAAGAGGGAGCUGGUGUUCAAGGAGGACGGACAGGAAUACGCUCAGGUGAUUAAAAUGUUGGGGAACGGACGACUGGAGGCCAUGUGCUUCGAUGGCACCAAGCGGCUUUGCCACAUCAGAGGAAAACUCCGGAAAAAGGUUUGGAUUAACACGUCAGACAUCAUCCUGGUCGGACUGAGAGAUUACCAGGAUACUAAAGCUGACGUCAUCCUCAAGUACACUGCAGAAGAGGCUCGCAGUUUGAAAGCCUACGGAGAGCUGCCAGAGCACGCCAAAAUCAACGAGACGGAUCCGUACGGACAAGGAGACGAUGACGAGGUCCUGUUCGACGACAUUGGAAAUGAUGAUGAGGAGGUUGAUGAGAUCUAAAGACCUGCUGCUCGAGGGGGAAGGUGGGAUUUUACUAGAGAUGCUCCGAUUGGGAUAUUUUGAGCCGAAACACCGCACCAAUAAUUAUAAUUUUUUCUUAAGAUCAGCCAGUUCAGUCCAGUUUAUUAACACUCAGAAUGUUUUCUCCAGGUUGUUUACCAUCAGCAGACGUCUUUGUUGUUUGGGAAACUUUUAAGUGCAUUUCACGGAGGGGGGGGGGACAUCAGUACUUAGAUUAGUUAUUAUUAUAAAUGAAGAUGAGAUGCUGCUUCAGUGAGUCUGUGUCAGUUAUCACACGUAGCAACGGGAGGACGCUGCAUCAGGCGACCUGCUCACCGAUGAUGAUGAUGAUGAUGAUGAUGAUGCAGACAGUUCAUGCCGUUGGACUGAAUCAGAGCAGGCUGAUCACCAGCAUCGUAUUUGGGCGAAUAUCUGGAGCAUUGCUAGAUUUUUACCUUUUGCUUCUCACGUCAACAGAAAGGCAAGUUUGCCGUCUCAUUCUCGUAAUAGUAGUAGUUCUUUUUUUCCCCUUUGUAGCCAAAACACUCGCUCCCUGUCUUUCACGACUGCAAAAUAUCUCACACCAAAUGCGUCACCUUUUAAAAAAAAAAAUAAAAAAAUGUAUUUAUAUUGAUUUCACAUUAUGUGGAAUUUAAGUACAGAAUCUCUGGAUUCGCCAAUAAAAAGACAGAACUAUGACGUGUUUUUCUUCUUUCUGCAGUCAUUGCAGCUGUCGCCUGUUAGACACGUUUAUAAAGUCCAAGACAGCUUGAAGUUUGAAGGCUGUUUAUUAAUUAUACCAGAAAAAUAAUGUCAAGGUUUUUUAUUUUGUUGACAUGAUAUUCCACCAACAACGAAUCAGUCGACGAGUUGCUUGUUUUUGAAUUGAGCCGCGGCCGAAUGAAGGCAACCCCCUGAAAUCAUAAAAACAAAACUCAACUGUAAAAAGAAUCAAAUGUAUUUUUCUGUUGUUUCCCUUGUUUCUGUCUCUUUUUAUCUUUUUUUUUUUUUCCUCUAAUGUUCUGAAGUCUUCGCUGCUCGCUCUGCGGCUGCAACACACAGUGAAGCUCGGCCGGUCGGCAGCUCUGUCUCACUUUAGACCAGCGGUUCCCAAACUCUUAACCACAGAUACACACCAGUAAAACCUCACAGCUGUGCCGUCUGUCUUACUUCGUCUCUUAACCUCUGGCAAAUUGAUUAUAUAUACAGUAUAUUAUAUAUCUUCUUCUUCUCCCCCUCUGGAAACUUCCCAUGUUCCCUGAGGGGGCCCAGCACCUCGGUUUGGGAACCACUGCUCUAGACCACAUGCGGCCUGUCGCUGUUGUUGCUGUAACUCUGAAUCAAAAAUAAUUGUACUAUGAUGUUUGAAGGCUGGUUUCCAAUAAAGAUCUUAACUCUCGG